CUUCGUCAGUCACAAGCACAAUGCAGUCAAAUGCAAUUGAUUCAUUGAUUGUUCCUUUACACUUCCGCAACCGCUAGAUCGCUGUCCGCUUGAAAUAUGGCUGAAGGAGGCUCGGGGAGUGUAGAUAUUUUACUUUCUAUGGGCAUAGUCCGAAAAAGAGUUCAAGGAAACUGUUUCGUGACCAUUGGGGGUGCAUCGAUCAUAAAAUACCCUUCGUCGCAAAAGGAAAGUCCGCCAGACCCUAGUCAGAACGCCGCGUCGGUCGAACAAAAAAACUACAAAACAGUGGUAGCUACAACCAGUGAAGUAGUUUCUAAAGCGGAUUUAACCUCCAGCACACCUUGGAGGGUGGAAUUCCUACCCGACAAGUGGUAUAAACGCAACACUGAAAAAUUCAGCCUUGUCGGUGUUGAGUUCAUGGAAAUGCAUCUUUCCAAUGGAGCGUCAAGUCUCACGUUAUUCCCGACAGAAUCAUUGUACAAGGAAACGUGGUUUCCACAAUUCAUAUCCGGAAAUGAUUGGGCAUCAAAUCGAUCCCAAUCAUGCUAUCAGGCACAAAGAAAAACGAAGGUAAAAGACACCAAGAUCGAGUUCAUUUGCUAUGUCUUGGUGGCAGAUGACACGACAGGGAAGUUUCACGUCGCAUGUUACGUCCUCUCUGCAGACGAACGUGGCUCGUACUAUCUACACCCCCACGGCAACAAAGCUAAACUAAAAAAGUUAGACGACUUCCAGCCAACAGAGAGACCGAAAGGCUCAGUCAUCCUAAACGAAGACGGAUACGUCGUUGGAUUUCUUGCGUUUAGUGAUACUGAUGAGAUCCAUCCAUUGUUUUUACCUGAUUAUCUCCAAGGUAUGUUAUUAUUGAACCACAAUUUGAUGACUUCCUUUUCUAGAAUAUUCUUUCAAUUAAUAUGAUCAACGAGGUUUAGAAGAAAACUUUUCUUGGAUAGAAUGAACGAAGACAAAUAAAUAACUUUUUAGCUUAGAAAACCAAAUUAUUUCAAUAAAUACAGGUUUCCGUCCUUGCAAAUGUUCAGAGAAUUUUCAUUGAAAGGUUCUUUCAAACUUCUUAAGAGUAAAAGUCAUUGUUUAAAAAUGUGGCGCGAUUCCAAAAAUUAUUUUGGUUUUUAGUGGACGGAUUUGCCGAGCUUGUGCAUAUACAGUCAAAAAUUAUACGGUUCUGAUUAAGACUGCCGGGCUCGGUCUCCAGUAGACUAAAUGCCUGGCAGUCAGAAAAUUGAACCUGUCGGAAAUAUGCAAAAUUUGUUCUGAAAUGCCAAGUUAAGAUUUAUUUUGUCGUUUUGAGUGGAAGAAUUUUCCGAGACUGUGCAUACCGUAAAAUAGCUGGUUUUCCACACUUAGAAAUUCUAGGUGCCGUUUCCGAGCAUCAGUAAGAAAAUUUGUCCAUUAAAAAAUCCAUCACGUUAAACAUGAAAUUUUUUUCAAAUUCGCUUGGCAUUCCGAAACAAACAUCGAAUGUACUCAACACGUUGAUGAGAAGUUAUCUACGAGAAUUUGGUAAAUGUCGCGUGUCGACAACCGAGCGAUUUUUCAGUAUACGUAAGCUCUGAACAAUUGUCAACUAAAAAAAAACCAAAUAUUUUAUUAGAAUCGCUUGACAUUUCUAGACAAACAUCUGAUACUCUUAAAAAAUAUGCCGUAUACAUGUUAAAAGUACAACCGCACCGUCGCGUUACACGAUCGAUAUACUAGUAAGUGGAUUCGAUUGGAAAACUUUCGCUUAUUGAAAACAGUAACAGCGAAACACGUCACUUAAACAGUAAUAUACUUUGAAAUGCUACAGCUUGUCCAGGUAAUUCAUCCGUAUCAUUUUGGGUGUCAAAAUUAAAAAUAUUAUAUUUUGAUCAAUCACAUAGUCUUCUACUGCACAACAAUAGACAGUUUUUACAGCACCGGUAUCGUAGAGGUCAUGGGUUCAAAUCCCGCACAGGCCUGAAUUUUUUUCACUACUGCUCAAGUAGUGUUCAUUACUACGAAGAUCGCUUUCAUAUUCACAAUAGACAGUUUGUUUGAUAUAUAACAACAAGAUGAUGAAAAUUAAAAAAAAGAGAUGGAAUAAUACCCCCAGUCGUACAAUCGGAAACUGAGUGAAUGAUACGAAUUAUAUUGUUGAGGACAUAAUCCUCGCAAAGGAGCUGAAAUAAAUAAAUUACAGAAAACAAACCUGGAAAAAAGUGACCAACAAUGGCUUCAUACCUUAAAUGGUUGUAGCGCUCAAUUAAAUAUCUGGGAGGCACGGGUUCAAAUCCUGACGAAGCCUAAAUUUGUUUUCUCAGGAUCCUUUUCUGUAUAUGCCGCCUUAAUUGCAGUUCAACUGUGGGGGUCAUAUCUUCAAUAGUUCCCUAACUAAAUUUUUAAUUGCAAAAGUAAUUUGUAUCAUCAGCAAUUGAUUUGCUCUUGUUACGGAGUUUCACUUCUAGCACUUUCACCUUUCAUGAACAGUGCAGAUCAGUUUAAAAGUUUAAAACGUAAUCCAACAGAGAACAAGACGAGGUAACAAACUCUGGCAUGACAGAGGUUAAGUUUCGCUAAUGUUUUGUGCAAUGUAAAGUUGUUUUUGCAAUGGACGUUUUAAUUUGCAGAUAACGACGUUCCAAGACAGGCCUUAUCGACUGAGGCUACCCAUAACCCUGAGGACCAUAACCAAAACAAAACCGACGAGAAUCACAUGUUACAAGUCACCAUAAUAGAUAGUAAGAACGUACUUAAGAAUUUUAGCGAAAAGAGGUGACGCAGACCUGAGAGCACUUUUGCCAGGCUUUAAUACUAAAUUCUGUAUCAGUUAGUAUCUAGGGUUUUUAUGAAUGAAUCAAGACAAUAACUUCCAGUUUUUGUUCUUCUUUUAACUUGGUGAUACUUGGAUUAACCACUUUCAUCAACAGGAGUCUCUGUUGGGCUUUGUCACCUCUGUUCUCCAAAAAUUAUUCAAAUUUCUUCUUUUUUUUUACUCUCUCAGUUCUAUCCAAAAUAAGCCAAAUUUCAGUGACUUUUCAACGAUCUUUAUUCUAAUUCUAAUUUAAGGCUUACUUGUUAUCAUACUUAAUACUUACAAUUUUUCUCAAACCUUUAAAUACUGUCUCCUAUUUUCUUUUAAGCUAACUCGCUUUUAAGUCUAUGAUUGAUGUACAUGGCUUCCAUAUAAUGCACUAAUUCUUACCAUUUCCGAUGCACUUAGAACAGAUUGUUGGAAGUCAAAAUGAACCACGGGAUAUGUCUUACACAUCACACAACAGAGAUUUACUCAAGAAGUCUUUAAGUGAGCAGUUGACACCCAGGGCACAAAGGAGGCUCUUUAACUGCCAAAGUGUGUUGGAGCCGAUUCCUCUCAACGAAGGUACUUAACAUCCCUAAGACCAGGGCCCAUACCCUACUGUUUAUGAGUAAAAAUUAAAUUUCUUUCUAGGAAACUUCUCUGAUGUUUUCCAAGACCAGUUAUGACUUCUUUUCAAAGGAAUGUAAACACAAAAGAGCGAUCGUGGUAUUUCCUGCUUUUAGUUGUCAUUAAAAUCGUUUCAGCCAUUUUCCGUGAUUUUCCAAACUCAACUGACUUAGAUUUCCAGUCCUGAAAAAUGACAUAGCAGAAUUAAAAGACUUUUACAGUUUUUCAUGACCCACACCAACACAGUUAAAAGUAUUUCAAUCUCUUAGGUGGAAACUCUUCCACAUCUCAAAUGUUUUGAAAUUAGCUUACAGUGCAGGCGUCUUAUUAGGGCAAGCAAACGCUACAAGCUCGCGAUCGUUUAUCCGACCGGCUAUGUUUGAUUUGGAAUUAGAGUGGACGGUGGGAGUAUGGGGCAAGGACAGGGCAAUCUUCAAUCCCCCAGCCCCACCCCUCCGCUGCCAUUAAAAUCAAAGAUGAUGGUCAUAAUUUUCGUUCAGAAAAUACUGAGCACUCGCUUGCCAAAAUUACGCCUGCUCUGCAGGUUAUCUUGAAAUGGGCCUAAGCCACUCAUAGAGGUUGAAAACAGGCACCUACAACUUGUUUGGCUUGCUGAUUGCUACCAACUAUAAGAAUUUUGAUAAACUGUGGUAGAUGAGGCCUUGCUUUGGAAGCACUACUCAUAUGUGCAUGCCUUUGAUGUGUUGUAUGGUGAGAAGCAAAGAGUGAAGGGUGGAUGUAAAGUAGAAUUAACUGAAGGAUGGCAAUGAGACCAUUUUUCUCAAUGUACAUAAACCAAACAAAGAAAAUGCAGUGUAUCUUCCAUUGCUACUUUUAAGUUAUUAAAAUUCCUCAUGGUGAGAACACAGAACAGAAGUGUUGUGAAAAUGAGAAAUUAACAAUUCAAAGUACACUGAGGCUGAUACAUAAAAUGUCAAGCUGAACUCCUUACCCAUUACCUUCACCUGCUACCCCACCUACCCACCAUAGAAGUGUUAAUUGUCUCCUCAUAAACACAGGAAAUGGAAGUAAAUGAUGAUAUAAGAGAAAAGAAUGUUUACAAGUGUCUUCAAGAUGAAAAGAGGUGGCCUCUAACAAAAAUAUAAUAAACAAACUUUACUUAUCCUUAAACCUAGACUUACCAAUUACCUUAUGAUAUUAACUUUCUUGUCUCAGAAACAUUGGUUGGAAAAACCAUAUUAGAGGGUCGCGUCUUCAUAAAAGACAAACUCUCCUAUUCCUUGGAUACAUCUUUUAAGCGUGUUCAAAACUGGAGGCACUUGGCUGAGCUUAAUGAAGUUUCCACUGACCAGUCACAGGAGCGCCUCUCUAAGUCUGAAGCACUAUUUGAGGUGGUAGUGUCACGCAAUCCAAACCUCUUGAUUGGUGAUGUGAAAGCCCUCCUAAGCAAUCUGAAAAUGAUUGAAGUGAGGAAUUACUUAAAAAGACAUGAUGGUAUGUUAAAAAUAUGUGUCAUAGCUUAACUUCAAAAAUUUGAUUUUGCCACUAUUCACUAAAGAAUCACAAAUUUCAGAUCAAAAGUAGCCUGACAAAGAAAAGGCAGCUUUUAAUUUCCCAAGUAACUGCAUUAUAUAAAUAUUUGAAGACAAUCAUUGGCAAAAGCCCUUCAAAACAUUUAAUCAAUGAUAACCUUCCUUUCAGUUUCUCAUAAUAAAAAGGCUCAAAGUUAACUUUUUAGUGCAAUAGCAAAAUCUUAAUGGUGAAGUUUGAAGGAAGUAAAAAAAGGCAAAACAGCUGAGCCACCAUCAAUUUAUUGACUUUCUUUUCCUUUCCUGUUCUCAUUCAAGAAUUUGCCAUCAGCUCUGCACCAUAUUUUCCCCACCUAACAGGGUGCCCUUCAUUUACAAAAACAACAACAAAAAACCAAGGUUUUUUGCAUGGUAAUAACACUGACAAUUGAGAUGCAAAAAUAUUUUCAUUGGUAGAUAAAAUCAAGAUUAAAGACUUUUUACAAAGUCAGGAUCCAAUCAUCCUAAGUGAAGUUUUCCUCAAGCUUGACCAUCUUCCAGACAGCAAAUGGCAAAGUUUGGGACUCAAGCUGGGUAUGGAGCAUGACGACCUACAGCAAAUAAAGAUUGAUUGUGCAAAUCAGAACGAAAAUCCAGCCCAUGAGCUAAUAGAGUACAUUUAUCGCAGAGAGCCAACAAUGACCAUGGGUAGAUUCAAGAAACAUUUGACAAAUAUUCAAAGAAAUGAUGUGAAGGAUAAACUGGACAGCAUGAAAGGUAUUUUUGUAAUGAGUGGUAAUAUUUGUAAUAUCAUUCAAACCCUUUGAAUAUUAAUAAAUCUUUUCUAUCAUGCCUCAAGUCAGACAUCAUGUGUGAGGGUGUCACCCUCCCUCCCCACACACAUUUUGUAAACUGUGGGAAGGCAAUCCCUGAGAGCUAUCCUCUGAGAUAUUUUUGCAAGAAUGUGCUCCCCAUUCCUCUAAUUCUGACCAAUGGAAGCUAUGGUAGUUCCUCCAUUUCUACCAUAGCUUCAUCCCUUCAACCCUUUGAAUAUUAAUAAAUCUUUUCUAUCAUGCUUCAAGUCAGACAUCAUGUGUGAGAGUGUCAUCAAAUCUAAACAUCACCCUCCCUCCCUCCCCAUAUAAAUUUUGUAAACUGUGGGAAGGCAAUCUCUGAGAGCUAUCCUUGGAGAUAUUUUUGCAAGGAUGUGCUCUCCAUUCCUCUAAUUCUGACCAAACCAUGAUAUUUCUCUUGUUUAUCUUCACACCUUUCCUCUGAAAUCCAUGUGUCUUUGUUCUUUCAUCAACUGCGAAGUUAAACUAGCCACUCACUUUACACAUAUAAUCAUAAUUCCUCAUUCUUUUAUCCACUGCCUAGCCAAACGAGCCACUAGACAUAUGCUCCUUCAAAAGUGGACCUGUAUUGUGUAAUUCCUCCCUUUCAACUAUAGCUUCAUCCCUAAACAAAGCAUUUCAUUGUCAUAACUAGAAGCGUAGUAGUAUAUUUCUGCAUAAAAAAGGUCAAAUAAAAUUCUCCACGGACCAAUAGGCCAUUUCAUAGUUGUGUACUAAGUUGCCAAGCCUUUGAUUUGAAGUGAGGCUGAAGGUGACUUUGUUGUGAUAGAGACCAGUAUCUAAUAAGCAUGAUAACAAAGUCAUUUACAUUUGAAAAGCAGCAAGGUUUGUAUCAUAACAAGGUAACUCUUAGCCCCACUCCUGUUCAAAGGCUUGGCAACGAAGCACGCAACUGUAAAAUGGACUAUUAGCUAUGUGAGGGUAAAUAUUUUGCAAAGGAUUUUUUUACGAUAACAACCUGAAUCUCACUACCAGAAAUCAGCCGUGUAGACAGUGAAAAGAUUUUCAAAUACUAAUCCCGGCGUAAAGUACCUUACAAGACGAAAAGUUUCUUCGGUUCCUUAAAGAAAAAAAACAACCAAGCGAAAUAUUGCACGACGCCAUUUGCUCUCCAAGGACGACAGCACGAACAUGCACGUUCGCAAUGGACCUAUCCGCUGACAAUUUCUAGUGAGAUUGCUUUGCAAGUUAUGAGAAUGCUGCAGUUCGCAAAUGGCCGCGUUACUCGCCAACUAAUGACAGAACAGAUUCUAUGUUUCCAUGCGUCUGCUCACGUAUGGAUCACAAAUGACGUUAAAAUGUGGUAAGAACAAAAAAGUGUCACUGAUAUUCUCACCACAUUUUGACGUCUUUUGUGAUCUAUUAUCAUACAAACCCAAGGCAACAAAGCUGUUAAGACACGACUGGUCAGCUUGACUCUUACAUCGUAAAACAAACAAUUGAACGUUUAUUAUUUUUUUUAAACCACGAUGAACAACACUUCUUUCUGUAUCAACAUAGCAUAUAUUUGUGUCAUAUGAUAAAAAGGCAAAAUGUUGUUAAUCGUGACGUUCAUUAUGCGUUCGUCCUCCAAUAGAUCAUAAGAGGACCAAUCAAAGUACGUGUAGUAUUCAGCUUAUUGUAUAUUAAUCCGUCAUAGAUAGUGAGUAGAGUGAGUAACCCAACAGACCCUAACAGUGUGCAGCUAUAACAAAUUAAAAUAAAAAGAGAGCCUGUCCUCUCAUCAAAUUGUGAAUGACUAGCAAAUUUAUACUUAAAGAGUUUGGAUUAUUUUCUCUCGAUUUCUUUGCGUGUAUGAUAGACAUUUCGAGCUCAUAAUAUAAUUGUUAAAAUACUAGACACGAGUAUUGGUUCAGGAAUGCCUCGGACAUGUGACAUUUUGAUCAGAAAGUAUUUUUAAAAGUCUGUUUACAAUAACGCUAUAAUACUCUUUUUCGUUAGAUACAUUGACGAUUAAGGAUUUGUUCGAUGAUUUGGAUUUGAUGCGAGUGAUAACAAGCAUGCUGAAUGGGCCUGAUGAUUCACCCAUUAAGAACUACAAGUAUCUAGCUAGUGAAUGUCAGGUAUCCAGCGAUUUGUACCAGAGCCUUCAGCCACCCUGUCCAGAAAGCCCCACUGCAUUAGUGCUGGAGGAGAUCGUAAGUCAAAGACCAACUUUUACCAUGGAGCAGCUCCUGGCGAAUUUGCGCGACAUGGACCGCGUAGACGCCAUUCAGGGCAUUUCCUCCUAUUUUGUGGGUAAGAAGAUAGUUUACUCAAGCGAUAAACAGUAUGCCUUUCUUUUCCUCUUUUUGAGAUCAUUGUUCGGUCUGCAUGGAUAAUGAUCUUAUGGCUUUGGUAACACGUUUAUAGACCACAUAUGCGUCAAUAAGACUUGAGUCUGUGAGAGACUAGGCAUAAGAAUGACUACUUAUUACUCUCCUGCUUGUUCAAUUUUUAUUAAUUUAUAUGUUUUCUUUACUACAGAGGAGGAUAUACGAGCAAUGAAGAGAAAACUACGGAUUGAGUAACGUGUCUUAGCCAGCCAUGCAGGUAUCCUGAGGACCGUUCAGGCUCCUAGAGACGUUUUAAAAAACUAAUGACUCUUUUGAGGUUCUGUCUAGAUAGCCAGGACAGGAAUAUAUGGAUUGGAAGGAAAUUGCUAUUCAUAGCCUGUGUAGUUGUUAGGUUUUGGAUCGACUUAGCGCUCGAUGAAACCGACAAGAACGAGCGUAUAAAAUUGCCAGAUGUGUCGUCGGCUUAAGUUUUCCACCGUGCACUUUCUAGACAUGGUGCUUUGGGUAUUUUAUUAAUGUGAAGCAUAAUUAUUGUCAGUUGUCUAUCUUGAAUGAAACCCGCCUUAUUUUAGAGGUGGCCAGUGAUAUUCAAAGAAUAGAAUAUUUUCCCCUUAAAUCUGAUUGUGAUUUUACAUGUAUUUCAAAAGAAUCAUUUCUUAAGCAUAGGAAGGAAAAAACUAAAACAAAUAAGCGAUUAUAAAACCAGUACAUUGAACGCCCAUAUACUUACUGCACUGCGAGAGUGUGCAUGAAUUCAAUCUCAAAUCUUAAAUGGCAUCGUACUUGAUUAAAUAUCACGAGAUUUCAACAAAAUAUAUGUAUCGUGAUACGGUUAUUUGUUGGACGAGGGUGACAAUUCAGAAGGAAAAUGUGACACGAAAUUUUAUUAUUAUUCCAUCGUAAAGAAAUCGAUGGCUAUUGUCACAGUUUGUACUGAAAGAUGAAUUGAUGAAUAAAUGCUAC